AUGAAUCUUUGUGGAGAAACUGUAACUCAGGCCAUGAUGCUUGAAAAGACAUUCUCCACUUUUCAUGCCUCCAAUAUGGUCUUCCAGCAGCAAUACAGAGAAAGAGGAUUCACCAAAUAUUCUGAUCUCAUCUCUUGUCUUCUGGUGGCUGAGCAAAACAAUGAACUCUUAAUGAAGAACCAUCAGUCUCGCCCUACAGGAUCACAACCAUUCCCUGAAGCGAAUGCUAUUAUUACUAGUGGUUAUGGCAAUAGAUGUGGUGGAAGGCAUGGCAAAGCCUGUAACCGUGGUCAUAGACGUGGUCAGGGUCGACAAAAUGGCCAAGCUCUUGGGGGCUACAACCAAUGUGGUGGUAAAGGCCAUUGGGCUCGCACCUGUCGUGCAGAAGAACAUUUGGUGGCCCUCUACAAAGCUUCCUUGAAAAAGAAACAUGUGGAGACAAACUACAUUGACCACUCUGACCCUUGGGAUUCAUCUGAGCCUAUAGACAUUACUCCGCUCGAUAUCUCAGAUUUUUUUGCGAACAAUGGAAGCAAUUUUGAUGAUAUGACCAGUGGUGGAAUUCUUGACGACUACUAG